AAAAAAUAGAAUAAAAUAAAGCUACAAACAUACACGCUACUUGAAUCUGGAAUUACUUCUACUAGCUCUGGAAUUUCAGAGUCAGCCAUUUAAAAUAUUUAGCCAGUUUUCAAAAAAAAAAAAAGGCCAGAUUCUCGGAUUUAUAAGAUGGAUCGUCACAAAUUUCACAUCAGAAACAUCAGAAAAAAUUAGUUUCCAUAUUUUUUAACAAUGUCAAAGACAAUUCCAAAAUUUGAGGUGUGUAUCGACUCGGUUCAAUCCGCAGUAAAUGCAGAAAACGGUAAAGCAUCUCGUGUAGAAUUAUGCAGCAAUCUUGUAGAAGGUGGAACUACACCAAGCUCAGGAAUGAUCGCCGCAAUUCUCGAACGAAUAAAAAUUCCAGUCAUGGUUAUGAUAAGACCAAGAGGCGGCGAUUUCUGUUAUAGUGAUGACGAAUUUAAAGUUAUGUGCCUAGACAUCCAACACGCAAAAUUGCUUGGUGCACACGGCGUCGUUUUUGGUAUCUUGAAACCUGAUGGGAAUGUGGAUAUUGAUAGAGUUUCAAAGUUAGUCGACUUUGCGAAACCCCUGAAAGUAACAUUCCAUAGAGCAUUUGACAUGACUAAUAACCCAUUCAAGGCCCUUGAAGACAUUAUUUCAAUUGGAGGCAUUCAGAGGAUUUUAACAAGUGGACAUGAUAGUACUGUUCUGGAAGGUUUAGAUACGAUUAUUAAAUUAGUCAAACAAGCUAACGAUCGUAUUGUGAUAAUGGCAGGUGGUGGUAUUCGAGAGUCGAAUAUAGAAAGGAUUUUAUCUGCUAUUGAGUUAAAAGAAAUUCACGUAGCAGCAAGUACUACUAUCCCUUCUGCCAUGGAAUAUAAAAUUUCGACUAUACAUAUGGGUAGAGCUUAUUAUAAUAGCGAAUAUAUGAUAAACGUUGUAAGUGAAGAGAGACUUAAAGAGAUGAUUUCUGCAUCUGACAGAGAAUCCUCCAAGUAAACUUCUGCGGGAAUCCUUUUUUUUUUACGAAUGAUUGUAUAACCCUUGUCACUAAUAAAACAUAAUAAAUCUUAUUCGGACUUGCUGAAUAAUCUUGUUCUAAUUUGGAUUUUGCCGCCGAUCUAUAAUUAGUAGAUUUGCUAUGGCAAAUAUGGAUGGUAUUUUCAAGAAUAGCAGACACCGUAGAUUAGAUGAAAUCGAAAGAGUAAACAAUCAGAUGUCAUUUUGCCAAUUUAGCAGAAUAAUAUAGGGUAAUCCGUUUAAAGAUUGAGAGAUCCGGAUAUUGCUAUUUAGAUAAUGAGUUAUCCGAAUAAAUCACUCUAGGAUAAUCCGAAUUAUAGCCUCAUUGCUUAGGCUACAUUAAAAGUGUAUAAAGUGCUUGCAAAUUGUGUGUUUUACGUCUUUAUGUGUUUAAUAUCAUUAUAACACAGAUAUUAGUUAAAAUUAUGUUGCUUUCUGCUUAUAAAGCAUCUAAACUUUAGGCGUUUCA